UUAUUCGCUCUCCCUUGCCGCUGGGUUGAGCAGCUGGUUGGCUGAGUUACUGGGGAGCGUGAGAGCGGAGGAAGUCUGAUCCCGCCGGCUCGCCGUCGUAAGCGUGGCGGCCAUCUUGUGCGCCAGGCGAUCGGUGUGAGCUCCGGUGGUGGUAGUAGUGAAGGAGGGAGGCGGCUGUGCUUUCCCUCUUCCUUCCGUCUCCUUCUCUAGCAGCUGCUGCUGGGGGUGCUAUGUCCGCCGAGAGCCCGGAGUCCGCCUCGGCCGAGGAGCAGAAGGAAAUGGAAGAUAAGGUGAUCAGUCCAGAAAAAGUUGAAGAAGCAAAAUUGAAAGCAAGAUACCCUCAUCUAGGCCAAAAGCCUGGGGGUUCAGAUUUCUUGAGGAAGAGGCUUCAGAAAGGACAAAAAUAUUUCGAUUCUGGGGAUUACAACAUGGCUAAAGCAAAAAUGAAGAACAAGCAACUUCCUACCGCAGCUCCUGACAAGACAGAAGUGACUGGUGAUCACAUUCCCACUCCACAGGACCUUCCUCAGCGGAAACCAUCUCUUGUUGCUAGCAAGCUGGCUGGCUGACUAGAAUGGCUGAACUGCAUGAAUCUUCUCAUUCCCGUUUUCUCCUGAAUAGUUAUUCCUCACUUUUUUUUCCUUCCCCCUCCCUCUUACACUAAGUCAUUGAGACUGACAGCUUUGCAGGUAGUGGUAGCGUGUGCUGCUAUUGUAAGGGAGUACUGUUGAGAGUAAAAUGUGUAAUACUUGGACUAGUUGAGAACAAUGCACUGAUAAAAAGGACAGGUUUGGUUAGAGCAAUGUAAAGUAAUUUACUUGAAAAUGUACAUAUUGCCUAUUUCCUAGUGUAGGACUGGUUUCAGCAAGUGACAAUAGCAAGUUUUUACAAUUUUAAUGUUUCUGCUUUCCUUAUUUCAUCUUGAUUGCAACAUAGUAUGUUUGUAUUUAAUAUAACUACCUGUUUUGUUGCUUUUUCUUCUGUGUUUGAUUUCUGUUUUGUUCUCUAAAAUAGAGGUUUAGACCACAAGUUGCUAGAAGGUAAAGCAUGUGUAAAAACAAUACUGGGGCUCUGAAUGAAUUUGCAUCUGCUCUUGAACUUGAAUGGCCUUAAACCUGUUUCAGCUUUAACAAUAGACUUUUACUUGGGCAAUAUUUGCCCAUUCUCAUGUAACUCUUGUGAACCUAGUGCUUAUUUACAACUGCCUGUUGAAGCUGGUAUUCUUUUCAGUUCUGUAGUAUAGAACACACUUUUGUUGAAGAUGUGAAUGAAGUGUGCAUGUGCAUAGACUGUUGAAUUCACUCUUGUGCCAUUUUUGUAAAUACAGUAGUUUUGCACAACCUUUUGCAAUUGUCUAUUAAUUUUACAUUUUAAAAAGCAGAAUGUGCCAACCAGAAGCACAAAUGAUUCUGUACCUUUGAAAGUCUCAGCCUGAAAUUAUGUCUCAGAAUCUUGCUGCUGAACCUAACAAACUUGUAUACCCAGGAUUCAUGAAACACUUAAUAUAGACACUUGAUUGAGUUGGUCUUAACCUUAUGCUUUUGCAGCUGUAUUUUUUGUGUGUGUUAACAACCUCCAAUGUUCAUAUAUGGUAAUCUGAAUUAUGUACCUAUGGGCAUUCGAAGGCAGGUGUCCAUUCUGUUCAGUAUCUUUUAAAUCUAUAGUUUUUAAAGUUGAAAUGCUUUGUGGGAUAUUUGGAAUUAGAGAAAUAAAUGUAUGAAAACCUA